AGAGUCGUUGCGGAAAAAGGCCUAGCACCAACAACUCCACUACGACAUGGGCGCCGGCUCGUCGGUCGUCGCGGAGAGUUUUGAGCACGCGCAAGGCGUCGCUGCCUUGAAGGCCGCCCAAUAUACCGAUGCGAUUGCGUGGUUGACAUCGGCGCUCUCCUCUGCGCCCGAGGAUGCCGGUGCCAUCUAUGCGCACCGGUCGACGGCGUACUUGGCCCUCGCCAACCCUUCGAAAGCGCUGGACGACGCCCUUCUCGCGAUCGAACUCUGUCCCAUGACACCACAGGGAUACUCCUGCGCGGCGCGAGCCGCGGCGCGCCUCGAAGGCGGCGGGUGCGCUGCUCGAACGUACGCCAAAAAAGCCCUUGCACUGUCGCCCGACGACGCCAGCGUGCGUGCACUGCAAGACACGCUCCGCGAUGCACCGCGGGUCGAUGGGGUGGGCCACGUCUUUAGCUGGGGCGCCGGAGACGACGCGCAGCUCGGACACGGCGCGACGACGUCCAAAGCGAUGCCGACGAUGCUGGACGCCUUCCGCGGGCGCCAAGUGGUCGCGGUCGCGUGCGGCGCCAUGCAUACGAUCGCCCUCGGUGGCGCCCACGAGGUGUACGCGUGGGGCAACAACCAAUACGGGCAGUGCGGCCUCGUCAGCGGCGACACGAUGAUUCCCAUCCCGCAACUGGUGCCCGACUUUGUCGGCCGACCGGUGACCGCGGUAGCGUGCGGGGCCGGGCACUCGGUCGCCAUCCUCAACGACGGACGGGUCUUUAGCUGGGGCAUUGGCGCGCAAGGCCAGCUCGGGCUCGGGCCGGACGUUGCCUCGUCGCGACCACGGUGCCUCCCGGCGAUUGAGAAAGGCGCGGUGGCAGUGGCCUGCGGUAUCGCCCAUACCAUGAUACUCAUGGAGACGGGCGAUGUUCUCAGCUGCGGUCUCAACCAGUACGGUCAGCUCGGCCUCGGCUCGACACGGGAAGGAAGCGUCGCGACACCCCGUCGGCUAUCUCUACCCGGCGGCGCUGUCCGGCAUAUUGCAUGCGGCGGUGCGCACUCGUGUCUCGUCGACGAUGCCGGUGUCGUCUUUACCUGUGGCUCCAACAGCUGCGGCCAGCUCGGACUUGGCCACUACAACGACACGAGUCUGUUCACGGCCAUAAACGGCCUUCCACCUGUCGCGCUCGCCGUGUGCGGCGAAGAGUUUUCGGCAGCGCUCACCAAAGACAAGUGCAGUGUCUUUACGUGGGGACUCGGCCUUGCCGGUCAAAUGGGCGACGGGUCCGUCGACGGCUACUGCGACCCGCACCUUGUGCCCGACCUCCCCGAGACAAUCGACUUUCUCUGCGCUGGUCAAGCCCAAGUCUUUGCGCUCUGUGACACUGGCAGCGUCUACACAUGGGGCUUGCCGGGCGACCGGGCGUUUGAUAAUGCGUCGAUGGUGCCUCGGCCGCAAAAGGUGGGCGCCUUCUUUGGAAAGAAGCGCAUCCACAUGCUGGCGUGCGGGCGAAAGCACUACGUCUUGCUCGCACGGGGGGCUGUCGCGCACCGGACAACCUUGCAGUGGGCCAAGAACACGCGCUUCAUCGCUGGCGCAUGGUCCAAGUUUGAGCUCACGACGUACGACGGCCUCGGUGGCCGGUGCUCGACCGGCGGCUACAUCUUUACGAGCCAUUUAUCGCUACAGAGCACGGACGACGCGGCCUCGGCACUCGGUUUAGCCUCGGAUGACACGAACGAGACGACGGUUGAAACCAACGACAAUAUGGAUGGGAGCUACAGCGGACGAUGUCGCUGCCAUCGUGCGGGAUCGUACCUCUUGCAUGUGACGUUGGAUGAAAUCGGCAUCCAAGACCACCCACUUGCGCUGACGGUAGCACCCGCGCGAGUGUGUCCGCCGCAGUGCAGCGUGGUCUGGCCACCACACGUUGCAUGUCCGCUCGUGCAGCCGCCAGGCGCUACCAUCGAUAUACUCGUGACCUUGCGCGACGCGUUUGGCAACCGUAUCGUGCGGUUGACCGCCGUCGUCGACGACGACGACGUCGAUGAUGAGCCCGUCGUCCACUACCAGAUCGUCGAUACUGACAACCGCGUUGUGAUCAAGGCCAGUGGCGGCCAACCGCUAACUCUGCGCUGGCCGUCCAAUCCAGGCGAGUACACGCUCGACCUUGGUCUCGAUGGACUCCACGGCCAGCAUGCGAUGCGCGGCAGUCCAUUUUCGCUGCGCGUCCACGCGACGACCGCCGACACCUUGCGUCAACUGACGGAACAGUUGACGAUCUCGGUACCGACGACGAGCGAAGUGGGCGAGACGAUGUCACUGCGCAUUGACGCACCCCCCGAGCUUCUUCCACCCGACUGCUCUUUCAUCGUGCGAUUUCAGUCGAUGUUGGCAGAGCACACGCUUAGCGCGAGAGCGGUGGUUCGCUGGGGCGCGUCGGACCCGCUGACACCGACCUCGGUGACGGUAUCCGACCCGCCGUUCACCGCCACCCAUACAAUCAAAGUCGCUGGCAAGUACGCGGUGGUGGCAUUGAUCACCAAUGGCACGUACGCGCAUGCUAUCGAUGAGGUCGCUCUCGAGAUGACACCGGGGCGCGCGUCGGCCGAGUUCACUUUUGUCAGCAACUGGCGCCAACUAUUGUCCGCGUGGCCAGCCGGCAACGUGGCGUUGACUCUGCAUCUGGAGCUUCGAGACGCGUUUGGCAACAGUACACCCGUGCGCGACGACGACAACGUCCUCGCGUGGAUCGCAAUCACACCUGAUGAUGUGACGCCAUCCGAAGAAGAGUAUCUGCACGUGUCAGAGACGGUCGGCAGUCGGGUGAGCUUGGUCUUACCAUGUGGCGGCUUCGGCGCCUCUGAAUGGCUGCACAUACAUGUAAACGGGCGGCCCAUCGAGUACGCACCGUUCGCACUACGCGGAGACGCAAUGCUGCCGCCAAUUGAGACAACGGAGAGCCUGCCACCGCCCCUCCUGGACGCUGCGAGCAUCGAGCGGCUGCGGCUCGAAGAGGCCACGCGCCGACGCGCCGCCGAGGCGUUGCGGCGGGAGCGGCAAAAGCGACGCGAUUCACACGCCAAGCAACUCGCCUUACAGAGCAUGCGGCGGACCGGAGGCGGCUUCACCGUUCAGUUCGCACCGUGAGUCAAAAAGCAAGAAAAGAGGUGGUGGUAGAAUGCUUCCUUCUUGCGACGACGACGACGUUUUGUUCCAAACGACCAAGCGUCAAUUCGAACCGAAGCACAUUAUGUCCUGACGGAACGGGCCACAUCAGUCGUACGCGCUGUCGUAGCGGUGUGGCUUGGCGCGGAUAGAAUUGAUCCAAACCCAAUGCACAUUUAAGCAACAUCCUAUUCAACUAGCUGCGCCUAUCUAUCUAUC